CAACUGUCCUGCGGCCCAAUUAGAAGGCCAAUUAAACACGAAGGCAGAGUCCGACAAACAGAAAGGAAGCCGAAAGACAAAUUCCCUUGAAGCGAAGAAAUCUUUUUUUUGAUAGAAUAAAUUGAAUCAAGGAAGAGCAACCGGAGAAGGAGAGUGAGAGUUCAGCGACAGAGAAACAGGGAGCGGCAGCCAUGGAGGGUAGCAUUAGCAACAGCGGCAGCAACGAGGACUUCGCAGUGGGUUGCAUGCUCUCCAUCAAAACCACUUUAGGCGACGAAUUCGACGGCCAAGUCAUCACCUUCGACCGCCCUUCCAACAUCCUCGUCCUUCAAGAGGGAUCCAAACCUGGGCCGAGGAGGAACAUACGGUUCCUGAAGACGAAUUACAUCAAGGAGUUCUCUUUUUUAGGUCAAUCGGAAGACCCACUUGACAUCAAGAAGUGUUAUAUCGAUCUCCAGAGCCUCCAGGAUCGCGAGGAACUAGCGUUGAGGCAAGCUGAAGCAGAUGCCGAGAGAAUUGGAGUUGGUGUCACUACUGAGGCCCAGGGUAUCUUUGACGCCUUGUCUAAGACGCUUCCAGUUCGCUGGGACAAGACCUCUAUAGUUGUUAUGAAUGAAGUGCGAGUCAGUAGCCCUUAUCUUCCUGAAAAUGUUAUUGGAGGAACUCCUGCUGCUAACGACCGGGUGAAAAAAGUGCUUGAGCUGGAGAGGAGAAGGUUGCAAACUCGCCCGUGAAGAUCAAAUUUUUGGGAUCCUGUGCAAUGUCUUCGAAAGGCUGCCUAGUUGGGCAAAGAAAUGCGGUGUGGCUCGUUGCUACACUCUGUGUGAGCAAAGCAUGUUUCAGUAACCUCCCUAACCGUAGCUCAUUUUGCAUUUCAAUCAUACUGCUGAAGCAACUGGGGAUUUGUCAUAGCUGAGUUUCUCAUAACAUUUUUAGUUGGUCUUCUUUCGGUGCCCUCUUGAGAGGUUCUAUUGUGUAUGAUUUUCAAACUGCUGAGGGGUUGCAGCUCUUUCUUUGGCGGAGUUGGAUUGAUAUCAUAGGCACAAGAAAUAAAUGUCUGGUUCUUACAUUCUCUUGGUGUCGGAUAAUCUCGUUGAGUUGGUUUGAGGCUUGAGCAUGCAUUGCUUGGCCUUGGCGCCUGGCGGAAUGAGAUGUUGGUUCCAGUUUGCUCCAUCCUUCUUCAUGGUUUUAGAUCUCAGGAUUAUCAGCACCUUUAUGAGAUUAUGAAGUUCCCUAAGUUACACCUCUAAUUCAUUGGCUGCUUAUUAUCCCACAAGAGUAAUAAUUGAAGCAUCCAUCAAAGAAAUCAAGAACACAGACUGUGAUGGC